AUAGUGUCUGAAAUUUGAAUUCGGGAACGUUCUACAGAAAGAAAAGGUCAAUCAGCUCACGAGAUUAGUCAAGAACAUCAGCUCCUCCUCCAAUUUCAUCUUGAUCUGUUUUUCUUUUCAGUUGAGGGCGGAUAGGUGGUCUUACUCUUGGGCUUUUGUAAUUUCCGUUGGUUGUCACAAGAUGCACUUCUGGUCGUCGUCAUCAUACCAAAUGCAGCAAGACUUGUGUUUAUGGAUGCCAAGAAAUUUAUGCUGCUUGUCGAGGAGAAGAAAAAGAGAGUUUUGGCGAAGAAGGAAGCACCCCUGAAAUGGGAACAAAAGCUCGAAGCUGCUGCAAAGGCACGGGCCGAUGCUGAAGCCAAGGCGAGGAUGGCAAAAGCUGCCAAGCACAAGGGAAGGUCUACAUCAGUGUCUGAUACCGACAGUGAUAGUGAUCGUAGUGAGGAGAGAAAGAGGACUAGGAAGUCCCACAAGAAGCGAAGAAGGCACAGCCAUUCGGAUUCUGACCAUGAGAAGAGGAAGAAUAGGAAAUCCAAGAGGAAGCCAAAGAGACGAUUGUAUGAUUCUGAUGAUGAAAGCAGCGAUGGGUAUGAUUUGGAGGAGGAGAAGAGGAAGGAUAGGAAAUUGGGGAAGAAGCCAAAGCGAUCGGAUGAUGACAGCAGUGAUGGAUGUAGCAGUGACUUCGGAGAGAAAAGGAGGCGGCAUGGCCACAGGAAACGCAGGCAUGAUUCACACUCAGCUUCAAGUUCUGAUUCCGACAGUGACGAGGAUGGUCAUGCUGUUCGAAGAAAAAGCAAUAGAAAGCCUCAUAAACAUCACCACCACCACCAUCAUCAUCAUGGACGAGCGCGUGAUUCUGAUUGGAGUGAGGAGGAGACGGGCAGAAGGGAACAGCGUAAUAAGCACGGCAAGUCUGAUUCUGAUAGGCACCGGUUGGGUAGGAGGAGCAUAUCUCUGGGGAGAUCAUCUGAUGAUGAUAACAGAAAAGGCGACCACCAUGAUCACAUUAAUGGUCGCCAACGGUCACAUGAGCUGAUGAUACCCAACAAAGAUGAGGCCUUGCAGCGUAUUGAAGAUAAUAGUGCACCUGAAAAUGCCAAUAUAAAUGGCCAAGAUUAGAUGUUAUGGAAAGCCAUAGAAACAACUGUUCAUUUGCUUUAGUUUUCUUGAUAAUUUAUUGUGCUGGGCUAGCACGAAACUUCCAUGGUCAUUGAUUCUUAGAAUGUUUGUAUCUUGACUACUUUUAAAUUGAAUUGUCAUCUGCUUUGGAACCUUGCAUUCAUUUGUUAUAAAUUUGACUACGAUCUUUCUCGA